AUGAGAAUGGGAAAUCUCCCAUUUCUCCUAUUAUUAUGUGCAGCACUUUCUUGUGCUUUUCCUGCAAAUACAAGGCAGACAAAGGAAGAAGGCAUGCAGCUUAUCCAGAAGUACCUGGAAAAUUACUAUGGCUUUAAGAAAGAUGGAGAACCUUUUGUUUGGAAAAGUAAUAAUGCCAUGACCCAAAAACUGAAAGAAAUGCAGGAAUUCUUUGGGCUGGAGGUGACAGGGAAACUGGAUUCUGGCACUUUGGACUUGGUACAGAAACGCCGCUGUGGAUUCCCUGAUGUAGCUGGGUUUUCCACCUUUGCAGGAGAGCCAAAAUGGACAAAACAUGUCCUGACAUACAGGAUAGUAAACUACACACCAGACCUGCGUCCAGCAGAUGUCAACGCAGCGAUCAGGAAAGCGUUACGUGUCUGGAGCAGUGUGACCCCGCUGAGGUUCAUCCAGAAGGACAGAGGUGAUGCAGACAUAAUGAUCUCCUUUGCAGCCAGAGGUCACAAUGACUUCAUCCCCUUUGAUGGCCCAGGAGGCUCCCUGGCCCAUGCCUAUGCACCUGGCAAGGACUUUGGUGGAGAUGCUCACUUUGAUGAGGAUGAAACAUGGACCAAAAGCACAGAGGGCACAAACUUGUUUUAUGUUGCUGCCCAUGAGUUCGGCCAUUCACUGGGACUUUCCCAUUCCAAAGACCCCAAUGCCCUGAUGUAUCCAGUUUACAGGAAAUUUGACCCUUCAGUACUCCUUCUUCAUCAGGAUGAUAUUACUGGCAUACAGUACCUCUAUGGUAGAUCAUCUCCCAACACAAACAACGAUCAAAUGGAAUCUACUGAGAUAAAAGACCCAACUGAGUCAAAAGAUCCUGCACUGCCAAACAGCUGCAGCUCCAAUUUAACGUUUGAUGCUGUCACCACUUUCCGUGGAGAAAUAAUGUUCUUUAAAGACAAGCAUAUUUGGCGCAAACAUCCAGCAGUCAGAACAGCUGAGUUUGAGUUGAUAUCUUCAUUCUGGCCACGGCUGCCACCUGGUGUUGAUGCUGCAUAUGAAAUUCCUGAGAAAGAUGAAAUGGUAAUUUUUAAAGGGAAAGAAUUCUGGGUUGUGAGAGGAGAUACCAUACUUCCUGGAUACCCUCAAAAACUCUACACCCUGGGCUUUUCAAAGGAUGUUUCCAAAAUUGAUGCUGCUUUUCACAAUGGAAUUGAGGGGAAAACAUAUUACUUCAUAAAAGACAAAUAUUGGAGUUAUGAUGAAAGAAGUCAGUCUAUGGAUAGGAAGCCAUUACUGAUAAGAGAUGCCUUUCCAGGAAUUAAUGGGAAGAUUGAUGCUGUUUUUCAACAUGAAAGUGAGUAA